AUGGUGGAUGGCCGACCUGGUGAGCGAUGGAUUACAUUGAAUAGACAAUUUGCCGAUGAAAGUAUUAAAGUUGAAAUCACCAUGUUUAAUGGAGCUGCUCCUGCUCUGAAAGCAAGUGGUGGUGUGGCUAAUGCAGACGAAGCGCAGCUACAUAUUACUUUAAUUGUCAAUAUCUCCAAGGAUAGAUUCAUGGAAUUAACAGAGCGACUCAAGCUUUGCUCGGGGACCUUAUAUGAACACUUUACCAAGAUUCUUGAAGGCUAUAAAGAACAACAUUUGUUAAAUGAAUUGGCAACGGGGAAAAAUAUGGAUGCUUAUCCUAUGACAUUUGAGAGAUAUGUGCAGAAGGAAUGGAAAGAGAUUGCACAGAAAUAUGAAUUGGAUGAUGAUGAUGACAAGAAUGCAUGUGUGAUUUCACCGGAAAAAUUUGUAAUGCAGAGAUUUGGGAAUUUAAGAAAGAUCCUUGAGUUCUUAAAUCAUGCCUUAUACACUCAUUUACCAAAAUAUUUUGUUUCACUUGAAACAGUCAAAGUUAUGUUACAAGCUCCUAAGAUGCUCGAGUCUUUUGAAAAUUCCCUGAGUCAAUGCAUAUUCAAGCCAACUCUUUUUGACCUUGAAGAAAAAUUUGUGUCUGAUUGCUUUGGACUUGAGAAAAUGGAUGAGAUAUUAUGCAUUCUAAGUUUGCUAUCUUCCUCAAUUUCUCUACCUGGUAUUUAUAUGAAACGUGAUAUAGAAGAAUUUUGUUUGUCAAACACAUGUCUUAUUUUAUGUACAACUUCAAGUUCUGGUAAACUGUACACAUUAGGAAUGACUCUAGUGAAAUUUUUAGUAAUUGAUGAAGCUGCCCAACUAAAAAGAUGUGAAUCUACGAUUCUGUUGCAGCUUCCUGGUCUUAGCCAUUGCAUUCUUAUAGGUGAUGAGAGACAGCUUCCUGCAUUGGUCAAAAGCAAGAUAGUUGACAAGUGUGAAUUUGGAAGAAGUAUGUUUGAGAGGCUUGUAAGAUUGGGAGUUUUACGAUGA